CCUUUUAAGCACAUAAAUAGGAGGAUUGCUUUCGUCAAAGCGUGCUAUAAAAUGAUAUAAAAACUCUUGAAAUUGAUGAACGGUUCGGUAAUUAUUAUUCGAAAAGUUUCUAGCAAAGAUUUCGUAAAGAUCUAUCUAACCAUGUCCUAUUCGAAUGAAGAAGCAUAUGAUAUGCUGUUAAUUUUGGGUGAGUGUCGAGGUACGUUCAGUGGAGCUGAAAGAUUAUGGCGAGAGCGUUAUCCUGAUCGGACUCCUCACUCGCGGAACGUUUUUUCACGUUUGGCUAAGAGAAUCAGAACUAAAGGUGUCAUUCAGCCUGAACAUAACAAAAGUAGACAGAUCCACCGUCCAAUUAGGGAUGAAAAAACGGCGGAAAUUCUUGCAUUGGUAGAGUUGAACCCUCAUGAUUCCUUGAGACGUCGAGAAAGAGAUUCUGGCGUUAGUCGUGACAUUAUUUGGCGCAUUAUGAGAGCAAACAAGUUUCACCCUUACAGAAUGUCUGUUCACCAAGCGUUGAAGUAUGAUGAUUUUCAACAGAGACUUGCAUUUUGCAAUUGGAUAAGACAGCAACCACCUGAUUUUCACCUUAAAAUUUUAUUUUCUGACGAAUGUACAUUUAAAAGUAACGGAUCUAAUAAUACUUGGAACUGUCGUUAUUGGUCACAAGUUAAUCCUCACUGGUUGAGAGAAAUAGAUCAUCAACAUGUGUGGAAAGUUAAUGUUUGGUGUGGCAUUAUUGGAAGUCAGAUCGUAGGUCCUAUUUUCUUUGAAGAAAAUCUAAACGCUGAUAGAUAUUCAGCUUUGAUAGAGACAGAUCUUCCCAUCUUACUAGAAAAUCUUCCUCUGCAAUUGCGCUUGGACAUGUGGUUUCAACAAGAUGGAUGCCCGUCGCAUACAUCGAGAGUUGUUCGUACAAUACUAAACGCUAUGUUUCCCAACAAAUGGAUAGGCAAAUAUGGUCCCAUCAAUUAUCCGCCCCGAUCACCGGACCUCACCGUUUUAGAUUAUUAUUUUUGGGGAAGGAUAAAAGAUUUGGUGUACCAUGAACGUCCGACUAUAAGGGACAAUAUGAUCCUUAGGAUAAGUGAAGCAAUUCGAUCUUUAGGUGCUGAUGAGAUUCUUCGAGCAACUAAUUCCUUCCAACGCAGAGUAGAUAUGUGCAUCGCAGAAAACGGUGCUCACUUUGAACACUUUGCUUGAACAAACAUACUCACUCACUCAGAAACGUUGUUAACCCGUUGGUGCAUAAUGUCCCGUAUUUGGGACAGCUAUUUCAGUUUUUUUUAAAUGCUUUUACGUAUUCAUAAUUGGUUUGUGUAACAUAGUAUUUGGUAUCACUAUGU